CAGCUCCCAGCGGUAACCUGAUUCUUCCCCACCAAAUAAAUGGCACGGGGAAGGAGGACGCUGGAGAAGCUGAAGCUGAGUGCAUUGUACAGCUUUGCGCUCUGCGCCAAGGGCUCCACCGAGGACCAGUCCAAGAUCGGGACGGCGGGCUUCUCCCGGGUCGUUUACGUCAACGAUCCCGACAGGCAUGAAGCAGAGGGCUUCAGGUACCCGCGCAACGAGGUCUCGACGACAAAGUACUCGCUGGUCACCUUCCUGCCCAAGUCCCUCUUUGAGCAGUUCCGGAGGGUCGCCAAUUUCUACUUCCUUGUCUCGGGCGCCCUUACGCUGACCAAGCUCGCGCCCUACUCGGCGGUCAGCGCGCUUCUGCCGUUGUUCUUCGUGAUUACGGCGACCAUGGUGAAGGAAGGGGUCGAGGAUUGGAGGAGGAAACAACAAGAUCAUGAGCUCAACAAUCGAAUAGUAAAAGUGCAUAGAGGGAAUGGCAGUUUUGAGGAGACAAAGUGGAAGUAUAUCAAAAUUGGAGAUGUAAUAAAGGUGGAGAAGGAUAAUUUCUUUCCCGCUGACUUGAUUCUGCUUUCAUCUAACUAUCCAGAUGGAAUCUGCUAUGUAGAGACUAUGAACCUUGAUGGUGAGACAAAUUUGAAAAUCAAACAAGCUCUUGAGGUGACAUUAGAUUUACAAGAGGAUGCUAGUUUUGGAAACCUCAAACCAAUAAUCAAGUGCGAAGAUCCAAAUGCGAAUCUUUACUCUUUUGUUGGUAUCGUUGAAUGGAAGGGCAUGCAGCAUCCUUUGUCACCCCAACAACUUCUUCUUCGGGACUCAAAGCUGCGGAAUACUGAUUACAUAUAUGGGGCUGUCAUCUUCACAGGUCAUGAUACAAAAGUAAUGCAAAAUGCAACUGAACCACCAUCUAAAAGAAGCAAGAUUGAGAAGAAAAUGGAUAAAAUCAUCUACGUGCUAAUGUUUUGUCUACUCGCAAUUGCAACACUUGGUUCAGUCUUUUUCGGUAUAUGGACCAAAGAUGAUUUAAAGAAUGGUAAGCCGAAACGGUGGUAUCUUCGGCCAGAUGAUUCAACUGUCUUCUAUGAUCCAAAACGACCAGCUCUGGCAUCCUUCUUUCAUUUGUUGACAGCCUUGAUGUUGUACAACUACUUUAUCCCAAUUUCUUUGUACAUAUCCAUUGAGAUGGUCAAGAUCUUACAGGCUCUAUUCAUCAACCGGGACAUUGAAAUGUAUCAUGAAGAAUCAGAUAAGCCAACUCAUGCUCGUACCUCGAAUCUAAAUGAGGAACUAGGUCAAGUUGACACAAUUCUCUCUGAUAAGACUGGUACAUUGACCUGCAACAUGAUGGAGUUUAUCAAAUGUUCGAUUGCUGGCACUGCCUAUGGUCAGUCUGUCACAGAAGUUGAGAAAGCUAUGGCUCUAAGGAAAGGGGUGCUGUUAGAUGAUGAGAUAGAACCUGGAGGGCACAAGGAGAAACAGAUAGAUGAAAGCCCUCAUGUUAAAGGUUUUAAUUUGAAGGAUCCACGUAUUAUGGAUGGAAAUUGGAUUCAUGAGCCUAACAAAGAUGUUAUAAGAGAUUUUUUCCGUCUGCUAGCCAUCUGUCAUACAUGCAUACCUGAAGUAGAUGAAACUGAUAAGGUUUCAUAUGAAGCUGAGUCCCCAGAUGAAGCUGCAUUUGUCAUUGCUGCAAGAGAAUUAGGGUUUGAGUUUUACAAGAGGGCACAAACAAGUAUAGUUAUUCGUGAACGGGAUCCUAACCAACAUGCCGUAGAUUAUCAAUAUAGGCAAGCCAAAUUUUUUUGUUUCCUUAUAGGGCACUUCUUAUUAUAUAAAUUUGACCCUUUAGCAUUCUCUUGCAGAAAAUAUCAGCUCCUAAAUGUCUUGGAAUUCAGCAGCUCACGGAAACGGAUGUCUGUGAUAGUAAAGGAACCAGAGGGAAAGAUAUUACUGUUUAGCAAGGGUGCUGAUAGUGUGAUGUUCAGAAGACUUGCACCAGCUGGAAGAAAAUUUGAGGAAGAGACUAAAAGGCACAUAAAUGAGUAUUCUGAUUCUGGUUUAAGAACCUUAGUUCUUGCAUACCGUGUUUUGGAUCAGGAAGAGUACGAGAAAUUUGCUGCAAAAUUCAACACUGCCAAAAUAUCUGGAAGUGCCGACAGAGAUGAAAAAAUUGAAGAGGCUGCUGACAGCAUCGAGCAGGACCUGCUUCUUCUUGGUGCUACUGCUGUUGAAGAUAAGCUCCAGAAAGGGGUACCAGAAUGCAUUGACAAGCUUGCACACGCGGGAAUUAAGAUAUGGGUGCUUACGGGUGACAAAAUGGAGACAGCUAUCAAUAUUGGCUUUGCUUGUAGCCUGCUUAGACAAGGAAUGACACAAAUAAUCAUCACAUUGGAAGCACCUGACAUCAUUGCGUUGGAGAAAAAUGGAGACAAGUAUUCCAUUGCAAAGGCAUCAAAGCAAAGUGUUAUGGAUCAGAUAGAGGAUGGAAUAAAACAAGUUCCCACCUCUAGUCAGUCCAGCACAGAAUCUUUUGCACUGAUAAUUGAUGGUAAAUCAUUAACUUAUGCUUUGGAAGAUGAUGUCAAGUUUAAGUUCUUGGAUCUUGCUCUCAACUGUGCAUCAGUCAUAUGUUGUCGAUCUUCACCGAAGCAGAAGGCAUUGGUUACAAGACUAGUUAAGCGUUCAAAUAAAGUCACCUUAGCAAUUGGUGAUGGGGCAAAUGAUGUUGGCAUGCUUCAGGAAGCUGACAUAGGGGUUGGCAUUAGUGGUGUUGAAGGGAUGCAGGCUGUCAUGGCAAGUGAUAUUGCUAUUGCCCAAUUCCGUUUCCUGGAACGGUUACUUCUGGUGCAUGGGCAUUGGUGUUACCGACGUAUUUCAGUGAUGAUAUGCUAUUUCUUCUACAAGAAUGUGACUUUUGGCGUCACCAUCUUUCUGUAUGAAGCAUUUGCAUCCUUUUCAGGGAAGCCAGCAUAUAAUGACUGGUUUUUGUCACUGUAUAAUGUUUUCUUCACCUCCCUUCCUGUCAUUGCGUUGGGAGUAUUUGAUCAGGAUGUUUCUUCCCGGUUGUGCCUACAGUAUCCAGAGCUAUACCAAGAAGGUGUGCAGAAUGUACUGUUCAGCUGGCGUCGGAUACUUGGCUGGAUGCUUAAUGGUGUCAUCAAUGCUGUCUUAAUAUUCUUCUUCUGCACUACCGCCCUGAAGGAUCAGGCGUUUCGUCAGGAUGGCCAAGUUGCAGGCUUGGAUGCCCUAGGUGCUGUCAUGUACACUUGUGUCGUAUGGGUUGUGAAUUGCCAAAUGGCACUCUCGGUGAAUUACUUCACCAUAAUCCAGCACAUAUUCAUAUGGGGUAGCAUUGCUGUGUGGUACCUGUUCCUCUUGGCUUAUGGCGCUGUUGACCCAAAGUACUCCACAACAGCAUAUAUGGUCUUCAUUGAACAAUUGGCGCCAUCACUGUCAUAUUGGCUGGUGACACUUCUCGUGGUGCUGGCAACACUCAUCCCUUACUUCUGCUACGCCGCAAUUCAGAUCCGCUUCUUCCCAAUGUUCCAUAACAAGAUUCAGUGGAAAAGAUACCUGGGGAAGGCUGAAGACCCAGAGGUGGCAAGGCAGUUGUCUUCACGACAACAAUCAUCAUCACACCCAAGGAUGGUUGGGAUCUCUGUUCGUCGUGACGGCAAGGCUAUGGAAGUUGACAAAGGAAGCUGAUCUAGAAGUUCAAGGAUAACCUUUUUUUUUAGAUUUUGUGUUUUGUACAGAUUAUAGAAUGUUGUUGUCUCCUGAAAGAUGACAAAAGUGGACUGAGAAGAACUUGUGAAUAUUCUUGGUUUGUUGGUGCCAUGGAGUUCUUCCAGUUCAGAGGAUGGAGCUAGAUCACAGGAUUUCUUAGAUAGGUCCGAGAAAGAACAAGAGAAUACCUGGUGUAAAGUUCAUUUAGAAAUUGAAGGCUGUGCAUUUGUUUCCCCCGCUUUUACUUAUACACCUGUUUAUUCUUGGGAUCUGAUGGUAGGAUUUCGCUUUGUUUCAUGAUUUUUUACAUCAUACCGGUUCUUCCUAACUUGUACUGUAACUUAUAAUGGCGAAUGGUCUGUAACGAGAUAAUUGCACUGCACUUGCAGAAACA